CAGUCAUCGCCAGACAAUAAAGUGUCGGCGCUUUCGGAGAUAACGGAAGUGUUUCACAGGGAAAGUGAGCGGACUUUCUAUGUGGGCGGCGCCGCGAACAAAUUGGACCUUGGUCCAUUCUUAAACACCAAGGACUUUGAUACGGAUGACUACGAGGAGGCCUACAAAUGUAUUGAGAAAAUACGCGAUCCUAUUUUGAAAUGCACGGAUGAUAAUAGUGUGAAAAUAUCGCAAAUUAACCCUGAUCAGUACCCCAAUCACUACAACUGCUGUAAAUCGUGGAUUUAUUUUGACUGCAUCGCCAACACUAACCAGCGGAUAUGUAGUGAGGAUGAGCAAGAUGAAUUGAGAGAUUAUGUGCAAGAUUACAAACAGUAUCUGAUGAGCAAGGACAGACUAUGUCGUGGCUAUAGAUAUGGUGACAAAGAAUGGCAGUGUUUUAGAGAUGAUUGGGUGACUAAUACCCCGGACUACUCGUCUACACCUGCCUAUGAAUCCAGUACCACAAGUGGAUACCAGUCCACACUUUACUACGGGUCCACUACUACACGUCGACCCCAUCCCCAUCCGGACGACGACUCGAUUACAAUCAAUAGAGUUGUUGUGAAGGAACUGGUCAUCAAAAACCUGCGCUUAUCUAUCGGUCCCUUUGAAUCGGGAGGGAAUGGUAUGGAUUGGGAUCUAAAGGACGUAGACGUGGAUGAGUUGGCCGACAAACUUAAGAAACUUAAACAGGAAUGCUGCUAUGGAUGGAUCUUCAUUGACUGUAUUAAGCAAACUGACAAGAGUAUCUGUAGUGAUGAUGAGCAGGAUAACUUAAAGGAUUUUAUAAAUCUUUUGAUUUAUGGCGCUAAUAAUGAUAAGUGUUAUGACUAUAAAUACGACGACAAAGAGAGGCAGUGUUUUAGUGAUGAUUGGGUGACUAAUACCCCGAACAACUCGUCCACAACUGACUACGGUUCAACAUCUACAAGUCAAUACCCGUCCACAACUGACUACGGUUCAACAUCUACAAGUCAAUACCCGUCCACAACUGACUACGGUUCAACAUCUACAAGUCAAUACCCGUCCACACUUUACUACGGGUCCACUACUACUACACGUCAACCCCAUCCCCAUCCGGACGACCCGAUAGUUAUAAAUAAAGUUAUUGUGAAGGAACUGGUCAUCAAAAACCUGCGCUUAUCUAUCGGUCCCUUUGAAUCGGGAGAGAACGGUAUGAAUUGGGAUCUAAAGGCCAUAGACGUGGAUGAGUUGGCCGACAAACUUAAGAAGCUUAAACAUGAUAAACCCAUUCAACGGAAACUAUUGCUUAGAGGGGCUUAUAUUUGGGGCUCAUGUUUGCAUACAUUUGGCACUACAUUGGGAAUCAAAAGUCUGUCCACUUAUGGCUUAAACCUAAAAACAGGUUUAGCUCUGGUAUUACCGAAUUUAGUGAAGUACCCUGGUAUGGCUAUAGAAGUGGACGCCAAUGGGAAUAUUGUGAAUACAUUGCAGUCAUCGCCAGACAAUAAAGUGUCGGCGCUUUCGGAGAUAACGGAAGUGUUUCACAGGAAAAGUGAGCGGACUUUCUAUGUGGGCGGCGCCGGUAACACCUUUUUGGGAAAACUUACGUUGUCAUCACAUGAGAGCAGAAACCGAAACGUCGACGAGAUCUCGAAGAAUGUGUCCAAAAGUGGUCCACAAAGACAUCGACCGAAGGAGAGACUCAGCAAAAGACAGAAACUGUUGAAUGCAUUGAGUCUUAAGAUUAGAUACGAGAAUGAGUUUCAAGACAAUCGCCGCCAAGAGUUGGCACCAAUUGAUGGCAAACAAUACAAACAAUGGCUGAAUGUCUUGAGGUUUGAAGACAGCAGCGGUUCCGAAGACUUUGACAAACAGUACCGCAAAGUACAAGACAUUUGCGACAUAUAUAACGAACUCUUGAGGACUUCAUUCCGAGUGCCCACUCAUCUCACUGAAGAUCACAUGCGAGACCUGUUAGAGCUGGACCUCAAGCACGAGAUCCGACAACAGAUCCACUUCUUGUACGACUUGGAACUGAUUCGGUUCGCGGAGAAGUGUCGCCGAAGAGAGGAAGUGUCACAAAACAAGGAGAGAUUGGAUCUGAAAAACAGUGGACACACGUCGAGGAUCGGUAUCUUCGACGAUAACAAUGAGAUAAUGUAUGGCUUAUGGCAUAACACUCUGUUCACCAGAAUUAAGCCGACGGUCGGCAAGGAAUACAUCACCAGAACUCGUCUCAAGACAUCUGCGCUUUUCGGACAAAAACUAGUCAUUGACUUCGGAUUUGAAAACUAUUUCACUGGCAUUACAUCCAAACGAGUGAUGAGUUUU